UCGGCUGUAGCGGCGCCUCUCUGUGUCAACAUCAAGAGAUGAUCAACAACCAGCGGCAUUUAGCUGCUAAACAACCUCACUGACGUGUGUUUUUCUUGCCUGUGUGAGUGAGCACAUCAAGGAGCGGCGUGUGGAGCCAGCUGCUGCAGCAUCAGACAUCCUGAUGGAGACAUAAAGUCCACUGAUGGAAACCCAGAGGAAGAGCUCUGGGGAUGACGGUGGCGGAGAGCGAGGCCUGCUCCACACCUGGAAGGGCUACUCCUGCAGUGUCACUCCAGAAAGGCUGCUCCUCCCUGUGCCUGUGCUCCAGGUCGCCCUGGGCACCCGGCACGGUGUUCUGCUGGUAGAAGGUGGACAGGUGUACAGUUUUGGGGAGCUGCCAUGGAAGCAGAGUCAAGUGCCCGAGCCGGCGAAACCCACCCUGGAGAGCGCGCUCAGCGGCCAGCGAGUGGUCGCUGUCGCAGCUGGAAGCUUCCACAGCGGGGCAGUGACAGAGGACGGUGGCGUCCACAUGUGGGGGGACAACAGCUCAGGACAGUGCGGCUUGUCCGGCCUCACCACCGUCCCCAACCCGACUCCAGUCGCUCUGGUGGACUCCGACACCAGCCCGCCACAGACGGUCCCAGUGCUGGAGCUUUCCUGUGGCGAGCAGCACACCCUGGCGCUGUCGGUCCAGCGGGAGGUGUGGGCGUGGGGCAGCGGUUGCCAGCUGGGCCUCAAUGUCACCGUUUUCCCUGUCUGGAAACCACAAAAGGUUGAGCACUUGGCAGGCAGGUAUGUAUUACAGGUGGCAUGUGGGGCUUCACACAGCCUGGCUCUGGUGCGCUGCCUGGGGCCUCAGGACAUCCACCGGCCCCCCGUGGACAAAUGCAGACAGUGUAACCAGCUGCUGUACACUAUGACGGACAAAGAGGACCACGUCAUCAUCUCUGACGGGCACUACUGCCCCCUCGGUGUGGAGCUGACUGAGGAUGAUGGCAGGCUGGAGACACCUGCUCUGACACAGGUCCUCAAAACAUCCCCGUCUGAGCCGGUCCUCCCCUCCCAGAUCUCCACCUUAUACUCCUUAGCACCUGCUCAAGGUGGUGACCCCUCUUCUGACCCCACUCAGGACGUGGAGAAAGAGGAGUCAGUCUUGGCUAAUGGAGCACUGCCAGCGUCAGAUUCCAACCCCUCAGCUAAGUCCGGAGAUGGCGGUGUUGUAGGGGUCAAGAGCUCACCGUAUCCAGAUGAGCAGGCUGUCAAAGACUACCUGAAGAAGCUGUCAGACAACACGACAGCUGAGCAGACGGCGAAGGUGACGGCUGGAGGGCCGCACACUCUGCUACCGUCAGCAGGAGGGCCCAGCUCCACGCUCAACAGCCUCGUGGCCUCCUGCGCCUCCGCAGUGGGCGAGCGGGUCGCCUCCACCUACGAGGCCCUGUCCCUCAAAAAGAUGAUGAACUUCUACCUUCCCUCAGGAGUGCCAAGGCCAGGUGGGCCGGUGGGGUUCACAGGCGUUGUGGGCGACAACACCGCGGAGCGCGUCCGCCAGGAGGACUCCACUCAGGCCAAGAAGAGCUCCAGCACAGGGGACAUCCGUGAGGAGGAGGCGGAGGGUCUCCGGCGCCGCCUCUCGCUUCCGGGACUCCUCUCUCAGGGUAGAUACGCUGUUCACCUCUUAUCCUCCUCCUAUGCCCUGCUGCUGUCCCCACGGCUGCUGAGAAAAGCCGGACGUCCCCGGAUGCGUGCAGUCGCCCUCACCCCGCUGGGAGGGGCGGUCCCCGAGGCCCAGGAGGUGUUCCCGACCCUGCAGACGGAAGUGUGGAGCUGGGGCAACGGCGAGCACGGGCAACUUGGACAUGGAGACAGUCUGGCCAGAGUACAGCCGCUGUGCAUUAAGAGUCUGAACAAUAAGGAAGUGGUGCGAGUGGCAGCUGGUGCUCAUCAUUCCCUCGCCCUCACCGCUCAGUCUCAGGUGUUCUCAUGGGGAAGUAACAGCUCCGGUCAGCUUGGACACAUGGAGUCACCCAGCACUGUCCCCCGCCUUGCAAAGCUGUCAGAGGGGAUCCGGGUCUGGGACGUGAGCGCUGGGGAGAGACACACCCUCCUGCUCGCAGACGGAGACUGCUUCCGUCCUAUUAUUUAUUACAGUGGACAGCAGGUCAAAGAGGGAGCGGAGGAGAGCAACGCCAAGGAGCUGGGUCAACAGGAAGGAGAGGAGGAGGAGGGGCGGGUGGGGGGCUACACCCAGCAGCCUGUGCUACUCCCCUUCUGCAUGGACCUCGGUUACGUCAGCAACGUCUUUGCGGGCGGCCAGCGGUGCGCGGCGCUGUGGGACAGGAACGUGAUGGGCUUCAUUGCCAGCCUCCACGAGCUGGCCUCAGCCGAAAGGAAGUUCUACUGCAAGCUGUCCAACAUCAAGACACAGAUAAUACGCCCCCUGCUGGAGCUGGAGUCUCUGAGCUCAGCCCUCGGCCAGGUGAACCUCGGGCUGCUGCAGAGUCUGGCAGGCCGAUUUAGCUUCUUGUGUCACCUAACCGGGCAGCACGCCGCCAGCCUCACCGCCAACCUGCGCCGCGUCCGUGACGUCAAGAGCCUGCUUGUCCUCGACCACGCCAGCAUCUUCCUCGACUUGUACAAGGAGUACUGCAGCACUGUGGGCAACUUCCAUGUGAUGGGAGGUUUCCAGUCCCUGACCAAACCCUCACUAGAUUUCUUCGGGAAGAGUCCAGAGCUGCUUAAGAAGCUUGCAGAGUGCAGCGAGGAGAACCCCACCAUGGCCGACCUCCUGGUGGCGCUCUUCUACCUCCCAACUCGCCACCUUCACGAGUACGGCCGGCUGCUGCUCAAACUGGCCACCUGCUUCGAAGUGUGCUCCAGUGACUACCAGAGGCUGCAGGACAGCUGCUCCAGGUUUGAAGCUUUGGCCCUCCAGCUGAAGAGAAGAAGGAAGGACGCCGAGUACACGUUUCAUUUCUGGAAGAGCUUCCCCGGCAAAAUGACGGACUCUCUGCGGAAGCCUCACCGCCGGCUGAUCUGCGAGAGCAGCAACAAAGCUCUGACCCUGCAGAACGCCGGGAGGUUCUCCGUCAACUGGUUCAUCGUUUUCAACGACGCCCUGGUCCACGCACAGUUCUCCACCCAUCAUGUCUUCCCCUUGGCCACACUUUGGGUGGAGCCGAUCCCAGAGGAGAACACUGGCAUAUACGGGUUAAAGGUGAUUACACCAGAGGAGACGUUCACCCUGUUGGCCUCCUCUCCCACGGAGAAGGCCAAGUGGCUUCGCUCCAUCAAUCAGGCGGUGGACCAGGCCCUUAACGGGGCGGGGCAGGACACUGCAUCUGUCGGCUCGGGGUCGGGGCAAAAGCUGGAGCCUCCCAUCUCCAGGACGGCCUCGUACACCUUUUAUAAGGAUGGAAGGCUGAAAGAGGCAACAUACGAAGGACGCUGGCUCGCUGGGAAGCCCAACGGCAGGGGAGUGUUAAAAUGGCCUGAUGGGAGGAUAUACACAGGGACGUUCAAGAACGGACUGGAAGAUGGCUUUGGUGAAUUCGUGGCUCCCAAUAAGACGCUCAACAAGAACGAUCACUAUCAAGGGCAGUGGAAAGAUGGCAAGAUGCACGGCCUCGGGACAUACAGGUAUGCCAGUGGUGAGGUUUACGAUGGAUCCUUCCAGGACAGCAUGCGACACGGCCAUGGCAUGCUGCGCAGUGGCAAGCUCAACACCUCCUCCCCCAGUGUCUUCAUUGGCCAGUGGCUGCAGGACAAGAAGACCGGCUAUGGAGUCUUUGAUGAUAUCACAAAAGGGGAGAAGUACAUGGGCAUGUGGCAGGACCACCUGCGGCAGGGCACCGGGGUCGUCGUCACUCAGUUCGGCCUGUACUACGAAGGUGCCUUUAAAGAUAAUAAGAUGAUGGGCACUGGGAUCCUCGUGUCAGAGGACGACACCACGUACGAGGGGGAAUUCUCUGACGACUGGACCCUCAAUGGAAAGGGUGUGCUCACUAUGGCAAACGGUGACUACCUGGAGGGCUCCUUCAAUGGCGAGUGGGGCUCUGGCCUCAAAGUGGCGGGCUCCUACUUCAAACCGCACCUAUUCGACACCGACAAGGACAAAACCCGUGCUGUGAAGCUGGGGCGUCUGUGUGUGAGCCCCGAGGACAAGUGGCAGGCGGUGUUUGAGGAGUGCUGGAGUCAGCUUGGCUGCGAGGCGCCGGGCCGAGGGGAGAGCUGGAAGGCGUGGGAGAACAUCGCCGUGGCCCUCACCACCAGCCGACGACACAUUGAGGACAGCCCGGAGAUGUUGUCCCGAAGUCACAGCAGAACCCUGGAGAGUCUGGAGGUCAUCCCGCAGCACGCAGGACCAAUCACCAUGGAGAGGUAUCACACCAUCCGCCUGUACCUCAUCAAGGCGUGUGACACUCCGCUCCACCCGCUGGGCCGGCUGGUGGAAACCCUGGUGGCGGUCUACAGGAUGACCUACGUGGGCGUUGGAGCCAAUCGCCGGCUGCUGCCUCAGGCUGUCAACGAGAUCAAGUCGUACCUGAACCGCAUCUUCCAGAUCGUCAGGUUUCUGUUCCCAGACCUGCCAGAAGAGGGCGGCCUAAUUCCAGAGCCCACCACCAACCUCCAGGACAAGAAGGAACCAGGCUCAACUGAUGCCCAGCUAGAGUCACCGAAACCUGGCCGUGUGGUGAGCAGCUCGGCUCUGCUGCUGCCCGUCCUGCUGCCUCGUCUCUACCCGCCGCUCUUCACCCUCUACGCUCUGGACAAGGAGAGAGAGGACGACGUCUACUGGGAGUGUGUCCUCCGCCUCAACAAGCAGCCCGACCUGGCCCUGCUCGCCUUCCUGGGUGUUCAGCAAAAGUUUUGGCCUGUCUCCAUUCCCGUCUCCCUGCCCGCGCUGGGGGAGAAGCAGCAGGUCCUGUCCAGCACCAAGGAUGCCUGCUUCGCCUCUGCAGUGGAAACACUACAACAGAUCAGCACAACGUUCACCCCGUCAGACAAGCUGCAGGUGAUCCAGCUCACCUUUGAGGAGAUCACACAGGAGGUUCAGUCGCUGCUGAAGCAGGACUUCCUGUGGUCCAUGGACGACCUCUUUCCCGUCUUCCUCUACGUGGUGCUGCGUGCACGAAUCAGGAACUUGGGCUCAGAGGUCAGCCUGAUCGAAGACCUGAUGGACCCCUGCGUGCAGCACGGAGAGCAUGGAAUCAUGUUCACCACACUCAAGGCUUGUUACUACCAGAUCCAGCAUGAGAAGAUCACUUAAGACGAGCGUGGCGUUACUUCCUUUCAUCUUCACAGCCAAUCUCUGGUCCAGGAUCAGCAGGGCUUCAGGAUGACAGACGUGAGCAGCAACCAAUGAGAAGCAUUGGAUCAUAUGAACAGGUUGCCAACAGCUCCAUCUGCUGCUGUCAUGGAGACAAGACCACUUCGCCCUCUGUGACACACACAAACACACUCUUUCCCCCUUUUUAGUGACCUCAACAGCUUCGUACCUGCUGAUCAUGAAGGUACACGUGUGAAUAUUGACUGCCAGAGAUGAGCCACCUCAUACCGUCCAGCAUAGAACAGCUGACAGACUGACUUCCUGUGGGGAGAUCCUGAUGCAGGUUGUUACAUGUGCGGGAAUACAAGGUUCAUACUUUUUCUUUUAGUGCCAAUGGGAGCGGUUUGUUCUCACUGUGAGAUACUGGACCUCCUUUUCUCCCUUUGGAGGAGUUUGUCAGCAUGAAAAAUGACGAGACGAUGCAUCACAGAAAACAUUUCCAGUGUUUCUUCUUGUUCGACUGACACCUACAUGAAGGAAAUAAUCUCCUGAAGGCAUGUCGCUCUAUUAAUCUGACAAACUUGACUUUUUAUUUGGUGACUUUGACACAUUGGUGAGGUUCAUGCUUUAUCUGAAGUGUUUCCAAACAGUAUUUCCUGAUUUGACUUCAAGGAUGAACACUAACUGGUGUGUUGAGCAGAUGCACAUCUGGUUAAGUUUCCCACCUCGGAAACAGCGGCUCACAGCUACUUCACUGAGCUGGAAACUAGUUUACAGCUUGGUUUAAUACUGAAUUAUAAAUGCAAACUGACGUGGCUAUAACUAUUUUCUUUCUUCAUAGUUUUGUGCUUUGAAAUUUCAGGUCAUACAUGAAUCAGUAGUUCAGUGUCUUAAGUUUCAGUACCCUUUUCCAGACAAUGAAAUAUACGUAGGUAAAUACCUCUAUACAUGAUACAAAAAUAAAAAUGAAGUAAAAUAUGCUUAACUAAAAAAAAUCACUUAAUAAUGAUAAUAAACAUAAAAAUAGUCAAUAAUAAAAAAAUAAAUAAAUAGAAAUAAAAAUUAAAAUAAUUAAAAAAUAGAUGGUGAUAAUAAAACAAGAUAAACUAUGUUAAAAUUAAUUAAUGAAAAGCAAAAAUAAAAAUACAAUCUAAAAUUUUUUUAAAUUAAUAUUAAAGGGGAAGAGAGAAAAAUCACCUUGGCUACAGCUCUAAAUGAUACUACUGCUAUUCUGUUACACCAGCGGACAGUGGAAUACGGUUAACCCCAGUUAGCGGCUAAUUUAGCUGGCUCUGACAUCAUCUUUGUUAUCUAUGACACUGGCAUUUUACGUAAUGUCCAUAUUUGAGUACUCGCAUGAUAAAAAAAAUCUAACAUAAGAAUAGGAAUGUAAAUUGGCCGACAAUGAAAAACAAGUGCAAUUUAAAUGUCACUCUCCUCCUGGUGGGUUCUGUCUGGUUAGCAUGAGCUAACACAGCAGCAGCGGCUGAUAUUCGACACCGAGGCUUUUAGUGGUCUAUCCAAACUCACACCGACACCAAAAUGGAUCGACUCUGUCCACUUAACUGACUGUCCGCUGCUCAGAGCUCACACUCCCGCAGCAGUAGGCUCAUGAUAGACGGACAGAGAGCAACAGCGGGGCAAGGACAAGGCAAUACACUGCACACAGUUAAACAGAAACUCAUGUUCACAUAUGGGAAGUUAGGUGGUGAUCACGCCAUAUAUUGAACGAAAUUGCGACGUCCAAAUCGAGUAAGCUGAUCCCCUAAAAGAUACAGUUGAAAAAAAUGUAUCUGGUGACUUGAAAGCACGCCUGAUUUCCAAAGUGCACACUUGCAGGAAAAGCAGAAGUGAGUGAAAAGAAAUGUUUUUGAUUGACAAUCUGAGAUCCGUGUGUGUGUUUCUGAGCCCGUUUUCCAGUAAAAUGAAUACUGACGCAGAACUGUAAAAUCUGAAAAUGUACGGGGUGAUAAUUUGUGUCUUUAAAGGCCCGGACACACCAAACUGGUGGCCAAGAAUGAGUGGUGACAAAGGCCGACUGUUGUGUCAACACGUCGCCUGUGUCAACCAAAAAGUUGCACUUGAACACACCGCAAAGACGACAGCCAACAGCCAACUAGCACGUACGUUCUGCGCCUGCAUGAGAGAAAAAACUCUCCAUAGCAGCAGGCGGCGGUAGUCUGUAUUCAUCAUUCAUAAUGAGAAACCGGGAGACCAACAGGUUGCAUUCAAGACGCUAGUUAGCCAGUUAGCACAUUAAAAACACAACCCAAUAUAGAAAGUAAUAUUUAUCGUGUGCUAGCGAAAUAUAACACGAACAAUUAUGAACCAUUUCCGCAAAAGAGCUCAAUGGGCUCAGUGAGCUCUGUGUUGAUCUCACGCCAUCUUUAGCUUUUGUUUACCUUCCUCACUUUGUUUCUCUGCUGAUCAGAGUGAUUUCUCUCACUGAUGGGCGAUUCAGCACGUUGAACAGGUCAAAAAACAGCCAACAAUGACCGAGUUGUGUAAACAGGGUAGGGAGAUUACCUUUAUUCCACUUGACCUCUAAUAAUUUUGGAGACACUCAACAAGCUGAAAAUAACCUUAAAAGUUUGUAUUCAUUGUAUUGUUUUGAAUAACGCAGUGUUCAUUGCAGGCAGGGAGAGACGUCAGCACAUGUCUCAUGAGUCUAAAUAUCUCACUACACCUGUAUAUGUGUAAAAUAAUGAGAAAUGUAGAUUCAAUUUUGAAUUCUUUUUCCCAGCUGCAGGUGGCGUUUGAGCAGAGAGCCGGCUUAAUGCAAACAGAUUUUAUAGAUGUGACGUUCAAAGCCGAUUCUGUGCGCCAUCUGUUAAUGCUAACUGUUCUUUUUUUUAAACCAUUUACAGCACUAACUGUCAGACAUUGUUGCUUAUUUGUGAUUUGCGUCACACAUGCCAGUUUAUAAAAGGGCUUAAGAGGGGAUUCAGAGGAUGACCGAGCCUUUUUUUUUUUCUUCAGAUGGUUUAACAAUAGAAAAGCAAAGUGGAUCAGAGGCCUCUUUUUGGAGGGGCUAAAUUUGGGUGAAGCUGCAGGAUUUAGGAAGACUAGCAACAGAAAAUGGGUGUGAAACUGUUAGAAUUUAAAGCUCAAACUACAACAGAUUUUUAUUUGGAAAUGUUGGGGUAAGGUGACACAUAAUUCAAACAGUUCUCAUUUCAACAACACAUCUCAGUUCAUGGUCUUCUCUUGUACUUUUUGUGACUGUAAAAAUGAUUGCGAUAACGCUCUUCCAUCCUUGGUUGUGAGCUCUUGUUUCUGCUGAGACCGUAUGUGCCUGACACUUAAAGAAGUGAUGCAAUAUCGUCUGCGUAACUACGGAGUUCAUUCCCAAAACGCCAUUAUUUUUUCCAACGAGAGACUUUUAGUUUUGUGCUGCUCUUUAGAAAUAAUCAUUGACUGACAUAACAUGGCGUCCUGUUACAUAUGUUGUGAAGAUGUGAUUUGUCUGACUUGCAAACCAAACUACAGCAACAGAACGGGAUGUUUAUUGUAACGGUUGUACCCUUAACUGACCCCCUUUCAUGAAGUGUAAAUCUAAACUGAACGGUCCUAAAUAUAAACUGAAGAUAGUGUUCAUAAGCUUAUAUUGGGUUCAUGUCCUCAACACCUGUUUACCAUGGCAACGCCCCACACAGGUCAUACUGUUGCAGUGUGUGUAAAAAUGACUGUUUUAUCAAUGGACUUUGGUGUUAACGAGUUGACAUUUUGUGUCUCAGCUGGCUGACAUGACUGUGUGUCUUUUAAAUGAUGUCAAAUGUAUUGUACCUUUACAUAAUAACAACAGAGGGCAAUAAACUCAUUUGAUGGACAUUGCUAACUAA